AUGGAAGAGACCACCGUGCCCAAGACUUUUGGUGAGCUCCUCGAAGCCCUCAACGAACAACAAGUAAACUUCCAAGCCAUCAUGCAGCAGCAACUUGCUAUGAGUGAGGCGCGGCUCGACGCGCUAGCUACAAAACCUGCGUCGGCAAGGAAGGCCCAGCCUCCAACCUACCAAGGAAAGCUAAGUGAAGAUUUAGAACUCUGGUUUUUCACAAUUGAUCAUUACUACGCUGAUUACCAUCCUCAGAUGGUGGAGGACUCAUCACUGUUCGUCACGAUGAUUUCCUGCCAUCUGAGAGUGACACCGAUGAGCUGGUUUCGACAGUUUUCCUCGGAGUGUGACUCCUCUGGACGCACAAAAUCAUUGGCAUUUCUUCAAGGCAUCAAUGCGCCGGCGCUUUUUACCUCCUGA